AUGCCGCUUUACUCCAAGUUCAUGAAAGACAUCCUCACCAAGAAGGGGAAGUAUAUUGAUAAUGAAAACAUUAUGGUGAGAGGCAACUACAGUGCAGGUUUACAGAGGAAGCUACCCAAGAAGUUCAAAGACCCCGGAAGUGUAACUAUCCCUUGCACCAUAGGGGAAGAGGCGGUAGACAAGGCCUUCAUUGACUUAGGGGCAAGUACGAACCUGAUGCCUCUAUCAAUGUGUAGAAGAAUUGGUGAUCUGAAGAUAGACCCUACCAGGAUGGCGCUUCAGCUAGCAGACCACUCAAUCACAAGACCAUACAGGGUGGCAGAAGAUGUCCUAGUCAAAGUCCGCCACUUCACUUUUCUGGUGGACUUUGUCAUUAUGGAUAUCGAAGAAGAUACAGAGAUUCCUCUUAUCUUAAGUAGACCCUUCAUGUUGAUUGCCAAUUGUGUGGUGGAUAUGGGGAAUAGAAAUCUAGAGUUGAGCGUUGACAAUCAGAAGGUGACCUUCGACCUGUUUAAAGCAAUGAAGUACCCAAAGGAAAGCUAG